CUGAAAGCGAAAAACCAAAGAAACGAGAAGAAGAAGAAGAAGCUAUGGCGGAUCAGCUAACUGAUGAACAGAUCUCUGAGUUUAAGGAAGCUUUCAGCCUCUUCGACAAAGAUGGAGAUGGUUGCAUCACCACAAAGGAGCUGGGAACAGUGAUGCGGUCACUAGGGCAGAACCCAACAGAAGCUGAGCUACAAGACAUGAUCAACGAGGUUGACGCUGAUGGAAACGGCACCAUUGACUUCCCUGAGUUCCUAAACCUAAUGGCUAAGAAGAUGAAGGACACAGACUCGGAGGAAGAGCUGAAAGAAGCCUUCAGGGUCUUCGACAAAGACCAGAACGGGUUCAUAUCCGCUGCAGAGCUGCGUCAUGUGAUGACAAAUCUAGGUGAGAAACUGACUGAUGAAGAGGUCGAGGAGAUGAUUCGUGAAGCAGAUGUUGAUGGAGAUGGUCAGAUAAACUACGAGGAGUUUGUCAAGAUUAUGAUGGCUAAGUGAUGAUAAGAAGAAAAUGAAGAAUAAAAGUGGUGAUGUGAU